CAAAUACCAGCUGACAGUUCUGCAUGUGGCUCCGAAGCACCUGUUUAUGAGUUCUUCGUCUGUUUACUAUAUAUUUCAGAAGGAUGUCGUACAGAGAAUUAAGAAACUGUGCGGAGAUGCUUCGGGCGUUGGGAUUCAAACGCCUCAUCUCCGUUGAGAAUUUUCGCUCUCCAAAUUUUCCUCUGGUGGCGGAGAUUCUCGAAUGGUUAGUCAAGAGAUUCGACCCAAAUGCUGAUCUCCCAACGGACGUCGACACUGAGCAGGACAGAGUUAUUUUCGUUCGUUCCGUUGCUCAGUUUAUGGCUUCCAAAGCUCACGUUCGCCUGAACACAAAGAAGCUGUACCAGAGCGACGGCUACGCGGUGCAAGAGAUCCUCAAGGCUCUCGCGCUCUUGUAUUCCGCCAUACAGAACAACGCCGAGGGAAAUAAGGUGGAAGACCAGACCCGCCCAGCCAUCCAUUUCGACGUCUCCAAUAAGAUCACGGAGCUCAAACACAUCAGGUCUUUAGCCUCAGAAAUCACGAGUCGUGGUGCGACCUUAUAUGAUCUUAUACGACGGGAAAUUGAUCUAAGGUCCAUCCGUUCGCACGUCAUUAGUCGUCAAUUAGAGCUGACAGAGGUAGAGGGUGGAAUGAAAGCAGCCAUUCAUGCCACUGAAGAAGAGGUGAAGAAGACGCAGCUAUCGAUAGAGAAUGUGGGUUCUGACGAGAGCAACCUCGAAGCUAAGAUCGAGAAGAAGAAAACAGGACUGGAGAGGGCCCAGAAGAGACUGGUAACACUCAAGAAAGUCAGACCAGCGUUCAUGGACGAAUACGAGAAGCUCGAAAACGACUUGAAGAAACAAUACGAAAUGUUCGUGCAGAAGUUCAUCAGUUUGUCGUACCUGGAGAACAUGCUGGACGACUACGACAAGAUCGAGCAUGAGAAGAUGAUCGAAAGAGAGACGGCCACGAGAAAGCUGCUCGAGAAACUGCGAACGGAAGAAAAUCGCCUUGGCGGGGCUGCCGAUGACUCCGAGGACGAGGAUGAGGACGAUGACGAUGACGACGACGAUGACGAAGAUGAGGACGAGCUCUUGAAGGACAUGGCGAAAGAAAGCAUGAUGGAGGCACAGCCCAAGAAGAGCGGGAAAGAAGAGCCCCACGAGCCUGAAGGUGGCAGACGCGUCUUCGGCAACAUGGUGGGCGACUUGGACUCGGAGUCCCUGGACACGGACACCGACCUCCACCUGGGAGGCGACGGGGACACAGACCUCGACGGGUCGGACACCGAGUUCGGAGGGCAACCGGGCGGUGGCGGCGUCGGCGUCGGCGGCGCAGGGGCGCGAGUGGGUCCAGCUGGUGCCCCAGCGGUCGUUGGAGGAGGGAACGUCAUCUUGAACGGAGGGGCGAAGAUGAAAGGACCGAGGAUGAGGCCUCCCGCCGGACCUCCGCCAGAUAACGACGAUGAUUUCUAAGGGGUUGUUGGCGAAAGGGGUUGUUAAGAUGUUUUCCAGAAUGGCCUGGCCUUAUGCCAGCGUAAGAUCUCGGUCGUAAAACAGGUAACUUGGGAAGGUGGGAAAUACGUACGACUUGAAUGCCCAGGUGAUUAAAUCACGAUGACAUAUUUGAUAGAAUGCUAUCGUUGGGAAAAUGGGAAUAAAAAUGAAAAAACUGAACUGAAAAAUAAAGAGAAAAUUAGAAAGGUAGAGACAACAAGAGAAAAUAAGGAAUAAAAGAAAAGGAUACGAUACGCACGAAAACAUUUUCACGAUACAUUCAGCCUAGAGUCAUAGCGACAAAUCACAAUAAGAAGCUCAGGGAAGAAUGCAAAUUGUUCCAAGAAUGUCAAAGUAAGAAGAUUAUGUGAAACGAGACACCAUUUCCUGAUAGGAAGCAUGAUCACAUGCAAUAGAUCUGAGGGAGUUCUGGACGAGUGUAAAGUAUGGGCAAUUGUCAAUGAACGCGCUGACAACAAUGUAAUUUUUCAACAUGAGUUUAUUAAGAUAGUUGAUGUCUUAUAGGACUCUCUGAAAUUAUUCAUUUACGCAAAGGCAUUCAUGUAAGAUUUUUUGGUUAGGAGCAUCGCUGAUUAAUAACAAGAAUUUUUUAUCAUUGUGAUUCGUAAGACCUUUCACGUUCUGCAUUGAUUUAGUCUUUUGAGAGCAGAUAAGAGAACUAUUUUAGACCAACGUUUAUUGUAUCUAAAUACUCACAAGUACAUUUAACACAAAUACACAAACGUAUAAUUUUUGUUUCCGUAUAUAAUGAACACUAUCUUGUCUGGCAUAUUGCCAUUAUUGCCUUCAUCAUAGUGCCUAUUUUAUCAGUGUGUGUGAAAUUUAAAUCACCAUAGUUAACCCAUGAUCAUCACAAUCAUCAUUAUCACCAUAAAAAUUGGUUGACUGUCACUGUCACAUCACCUGUCACAUAGUCAUUAUCUUGUUGGCGGCUUCGUAAAGAUGAAUUCACUAUGUUGCCUUAAACAGAUUUGUUAUGUUUAUCCCUUUAUGUAUCUUUAUAUCCAAAUAAAUGUGAC